AUGGCCACCGUUUCCAAUGCCAUGCGGCAUCUGAGAUGUCCGAGACAGCUUGCGAGGCCGCAAUGGCGCCAGCAUGCCUGGAAGCUGCCAGCGCCUCUAUUCAUCCGCACACUCAAGACUGCCACUACACACGACGAUGCCACCGCUGCGGACCUGAUGGAAUCUGUUCAGAUGCCCUAUCAGGGCGUUACACACGCGCGGACGGUUCCCGCGACUCCGUCAUACUUCUCCAGACAACCCCAGUUCAACGACCUGUACAUCCGGAUAUCGAAUCUGUUGACCCGAUACCAUCACCUUCCGACGGUAGCACCCAGCGAAGCGCCACAGGUCCCAUGGACAAAGCUGGGAGAGAUGCGCGCCCAAAUGGGCGAACCCAUCAAGGCUAUGCACUACCAAAAGGUGAUCCGCGUAGCCAAACGACUCAACCUGAUCGAACCCAGUCUGCGGCCCGUGGAAGUCAAGGCGGCCCUUCAGGAGUUUGCGCGAGAUAUCAAUCCUUUUCUCAACAUGCCCAACCCGAUUACCGUUGACAAGUUCGGCCGUGCCGUCGGGGUGGGCAAGCGUAAGGCGUCAACGGCACGCGCUUUUGUCGUCGAAGGAAGCGGGGAGGUGCUGGUCAACGGGAGGCCGCUGAACGAGGCCUUUGGCCGUGUCCACGACCGCGAGAGUGCCGUAUGGGCUCUCACCGCAACGGAGCGGCUGGACAAGUAUAACGUGUGGGUUCUCGUCCAAGGUGGCGGCACCACCGGACAAGCUGAGGCGAUAACGCUUGCUGUGGCCAAAGCCUUGGUCGCUCAUGAGCCAGCGUUAAAGACGGCCCUACGGAAAGCUGGAUGCAUCACGAGGGACCCGAGAACUGUUGAGAGGAAGAAGCACGGCCACGUAAAGGCCCGCAAGAUGCCGGCUUGGGUCAAGCGAUAA